AUGUGGACAAGCAAUAAGUCUUUACGCUCUUGGUGGACAUAUAUCCUACUGUUCUUUUCCUGCAUCGCCGGUAUCGCCUUUCUUGUGACUCGACUCACAUCGGGAACCGUUCUUUUACAAACAGUCAACAUGGACAGUUUGACUCAGCGAGAGCUAGACCAGUCUGAACGAAGGCCGUCGAACUCGGUAUUUACUCGAACUCGCACACCGUAUCCAUCGAGGAAGAACAUGGGGUCAUGUCCUCCAUUAUUUGGCAAAGUAUCAAUAUUUGUUGCAUACAUUGGAAGUUCCAUGCAAACUCAUUAUCGAGUUGCUCAGCAAUCGCUCCAGUGUUAUCUGAAAACUGUCAAUUACACCGUCUUCAUGGUAGAUUUGGAUAAAGAUCCACGCGUAAAAGAAAAGUGCUCCAAAAACGAACAGCUUUUCUACAAAAAACAUUGCGCCGCUUCCGUAUAUCUUCCCGAGACUGACUGGAUGCUUGUUCUGGAUGCUGACACAGGGGUCGUCAAUCCCAAUCAUUGUAUUGAAGAAUGGAUAGACGACAGAGUUGAUAUCCUAUUUUAUGAGCGCGUUUUCAACUGGGAGAUCGCAAGCGGAAAUUACUUGGUAGACACAGCUAGCUUCUAA